UUAUUGUUUUUCUCGCUUUUGCCUUUCAUAUACCGAGUAAGACUUCCAGACAUUCUCUCUCUCCCUCAACUCUAGCUCUCCAUUUUUUAUCACUUCAAGGUAAGUUCAGUUACCCGUUUCACUUCCUUUUCUUUUCCUUAAUCUUCUAUCAUCUGGGAAUCUUUUUGUUUAUAUAUAUGUAUAUGGAUGAUUUUCAUUCAGCUUCACAUAAGUUUCAGUUUUUUAGCAAAUACGGCGGUCAAAGCUGAAAACUUAAUCUUGUCUUUGGUGGGAUUUGUGGGAUUCUCAAUUGUGUAUUGACCCUCGGUUUGGUUUCAGAGAAAAUGGGAGAAAAAUGAAGGAAAGUGUGUGUUUUGGGGUUUUAUGGUUUCUGGUUGGUUUGUUUCUAAUUAUAGAAAGUUGAAGCCUUGUGGGUUGUUUUGUUUCUACUUAUGGAAAGUCGCUCACCUUAGCUUAGUCAGCUGGUGAUGUAUUUUAUGUGUGAACUGAUUUAGCUAAGCUCUUGUCUUGAUGAUGAUUGAAAUGUUUAAAUAUUUGGAUUUUGUUUGUCAUCCCUGUGUUUUGUGAGUGGAUCAAAGAGAGCGUUUUGAGUUUGUAAUUUGUGGAUUGGGUGUGCUUUGGAUGGAUGAUUUGGGUUUGGGAGGCGGAUUCUUGCCAGGUCCAAUAAUUGACCUGGAGUCAUCCAUUCCUAGACGCAGCCAUCAAAGUCACAUUAAUAUUUUGAGUGAUAUCGGGGAUGAUCAUCACCCUAUUAGUCUGAUGGAAGUGAGAAGCUCGAACACUAAAGGAUUUGGGAUGAGUUUUGGUCAAGGGAAGCCGGGUAGCCACGUUACUGUCGUUACUGAUGGCAAUAUGAGUGAUGAAGAUGAGCCAAAUUGCGUAGAAGAAGACAAUGAUGAAAACUCUUAUGAGGGUAAGGGUAAAAAGGGAUCUCUCUGGCAUCGGAUGAAAUGGACGGAUGAUAUGGUUAGGCUUCUUAUAGCGAUGGUUGCUUGUGUGGGGGAUGAUGGUACGCUUGAAAGUGCAGAGGGACAAAGGAGGAAAUCAGGGAACUUACAGAAGAAGGGUAAAUGGAAAAUGGUGUCGAAGCUAAUGAUUAGUAAGGGCUGCCAGGUUUCGCCACAGCAGUGUGAGGAUAAGUUUAAUGACCUGAAUAAGAGGUUCAAGAGGUUGAAUGAUAUUCUUGGGAGGAGAUUUAGUUGUCAAGUGGUGGAAAAUCCUGCUAUAAUGGACUUGAUUCCAGAUCUCUCAGCUAAGGCAAAGAAUGACGUGAGAAAGCUUCUGGGAUCAAAACACCUUUUUUACAAGGAGAUGUGUGCUUAUCAUAAUGGGCUCCGGACACCAAACUGCAAUGACAUUGAUCUACAAGGUUGCUCAGGGAGGUUCUCAACAGAUAACAGUGGUUCAGAGGGGGAAGAAAUUGACCAGAACAAUGAUAGUGCCAAUGAUGAAUCUGAUAAUGAAGACAAUCAUAAUGAUGAAGAGGAUGGGGAGAGGGUAGUUGAACUUGGUGAGAGGAGCAAAAGGAGUGUACAGGAUGGUCAUUUCUGCUUGCAAUCUUCUGGUAUGGACAACUUUGAGGCUGAAAUGAAUGAAAUUUUCCAUGAUCCCUCAAAGUCGUCUGUGGAAAGAAAAGAGUGGAUUAAGAAACAAAAGUUGCAACUCCAGGAUCAAAGAGUCAGCUUCCAGGCUCAAGCCUUUGAACUUGAGAAGCAACGAUUAAAGUGGCUGAGAUAUUGCAGCAAGAAAGACAGGGAAUUGGAGAGAUCGAGGCUGGAGAAUGAGAGGUUGAGAUUAGAUAAUGAGCAGAUGAUAUUGCAUGUGAAGCAGAAAGAAUUGGAGAUAGAUUUUAGGAUAUCAGAAGCAUCUUUAGACCCGACUUAUGCAAACAGACAGCAAGGUCGAGAUCACAUUGAUUUGACCUGGCACCAAUAGAUACACAGAAGAAGGAUUGAUGAUUUACUGCUGGCAUCAUGGAUGGCAAGUACUUAACUAUUCUGUAAAAGCUGUGUUGCCAAAGAAGGUUGGUUCUGGGAUCGUGUUUCGAGGAUUAACUGAAUCAUGAUUCGAAAGAUCUUACCGAUCAAAUAGAGCAAGGUUGAAGAUUAACUGAAUCAGGAUCCAGCCAUCCAUAAGAGUUAAAUAUGUAACAUUGCUUCAUGAAUUGCACCACCAUGUAUACAAAAGCAAAUACAAGGCAUUGUUGCAGGAUUUUGAUUGAAACUUUCAUUGGUUAUAAGGCAAUUAUUCUGUUAAGGCUUUAGUAUUA